UUUUGCUUGCUGUGUCGUGGCGUCGUAGUCUGGUCUGUUUUUGUUUGACCAAACUUAAAUUGAGAUAUUUCCAUGCCAAAUGGCCGCGUUUAUGGAGGAUGCUUUAGUGGAAGCGCGGCGAGCACGUGACGCCGGCGAGGUGCCCGUUGGUUGUGUGUUUGUGCACAACGACAAGGUAAUCGCACGUGGCGGGAACGAAGUGAAUGUACACCGGAAUGCAACACGUCAUGCGGAAUUCAUAUGCAUCGAUGCCACCUUGGCCUACUGCCGUGAGAAGCGCCUGCCGGCACGCCAGGUGUUCAGCGAAAUCAGCGUUGUGGUCACUGUGGAGCCCUGCAUAAUGUGCUCUGCUGCCUUGCACACGCUGGCCGUCAAGGAGAUUAUCUAUGGCUGCGAGAAUGAUCGUUUCGGCGGCAAGACGGUCAUAGAUGUGGCUGCCGUGGUUGGUCAGCGGAUCAACAUAACUGGCGGUGUGCGCUCAGAAGAGGCCAUGGCGUUGCUAAAGGAGUUCUACAAGGGCGACAAUCCAGCGGCCCCACCAGUGGCAAAGAAGAAGAAAUGACUGGCUCAUUGUUAGCAAAAAAAAAAAAAAAAAAAAAAAAAAAAAAAAAACAAGAAGAAAUAACUAAACACCGUAGUCACCUUAAGCUUCAGCUCAUGUAAACGUUUUUGUAUAUGUUUUAAUUUAUUGUAAACUUUAAGCAUAGACUAAGCUAAAUAUGGCGUUCAGAACGUUAGUUUUAAUAUAAAUACAAUUACUGCGUGAAAAGCAACAACAUGUUGUGCGUGUGAAAGGCUGUGCCAAUGCAAUUGUUACAGGCAAUUAAACACAAAAAA